AUCUCUUUCGUGGAUCCCGGCAUGGUAGGGACGCUUGCAUGUGGGAACAUAGGGCAGAGGUCACGCAAGCUUGCUGAUCGCUUUAAGGGGGCCUGUGAUGGACAACACUUUCUAAUACCGUUCAAUGACGUGAAUCAUUGGGCUUUGACUGUUGUCAAACCUAAUGAAGAGGUAGUGUACUACAUGGACCCCCUUAAACGGCGUAUAUAUAGUCAGGAGUGGACUGAAGUGGUUGAUAAUGCUAUAGUUUUUUACAAGAAUACCAUGAACACACCUAUGUUGAAGAAGAAAGUGUCCUGGGAGAACAUGGCGGGCAUCCCGAUGCAAAAAGGGAGUGUAGACUGUGGCUUGUUUGUAAUGCGAUACAUGAAAGAGAUCUGUCAGGAUAAGGAGCUGACGCGAGACCGCGACUUGCAGACCAGCGACCGCCGUCUAGCCUCCACCUGCCAGGCCGCCACCGACGGGCGACCGCCGCACCCAGGCUUCCAGGCACCCUGCUUCAUCUUCUUCCCUGUCUCUGGUCUCCGUCACUCCCGCGAACGCCGAACCGGGGUGUGGUCUCCAUCGGAGAUGAGCUCCGUGAAGCGACUCGCGGCGGUCAAUGAUGAGGCGACCAGCGGCAGCUUUGACGAGAGGAGGCUGAGGCGGUUCUUAGGCGACGGCGAACAGCGUGCCUCGAUCUCUCUCCUCCUUUUUGAACCAGUGGCGGGCUUGGUCGCCCUCACAGCGGCUGCGAGGCGGAUCGACCAAGAUCUAGCCGCAAGCGGCGACAACCUCAGCUAUCCCCUCGUGACAAUGAUGACUGCAGCAGUUCCAAGACGAUCUCGGCAUUUGGAGAGGACCCCUUUAUAUCUCCAAAGUUUGAACAAGAAUGGUGAGGUCCCAAAUUCCAAGUCCCACUUGUGGCAAAUAGCAAAUGGGAUCCCCAAACAAAACCACUUUUUGUGAUUAUUUUGCAUAAUAAUCAACAAUCCUCCUAUAUACAAUGCUAGGUGCAUUUUAUGAACAGUGUUCCCGCCUAAACUAAAGGCUUAGUGGAUCGGGUUUGGGCCAGGCGAUGGAAAAGAUGGGUUUAGGCUUGCUUUGUGGUUCGGGUUUAGGCCUGGCGUGGUGUUGGGCUCAAUAAAAUUGCUUUAUGUCU